UAGGUAUCUGAAGCCACAGGAAAAGAUGCGAUAGCUUAUAUAAGACUAUAAAGUAAAAAGCACAUAAGGGGAGGUAAGGGUAAGCGGGGUCACACGGGCUCGCCUUGCGCGUUCUGACCCGGCCCUUCGGGGGGCGCUCCGGGGCGAUUCCCCCUCGGAGGGGCUCGGCCUGCGGGGUCCCCACAGCAGCUGCGAGCGGGCGGGUCGGCCUCCUCCCCUUUACAAAAGCCUCCAACUCAAUCACCUUUUGUGCCCUUCCCUCAGAAGGAAAAGCAUCUCCAUCCUUCGCAUCGCUGACUUCGGCCUCAGGGUGCCCUGUCCCCAGCAGCCUGGCACUUCCGUCGGUCCCGGUGCGCCCUCCGUGGAAUUGUUCCCACCAGGGGUGUCCGUUAUUGCAGUUUGAUGACUAAUGCCUGCUGCCUAAAGAUUGAAGGUCUGAGGCAAGACUUCCCAUUACUACUUAAUCAAGAGGAACUGAGUUUGAAACAUACUCUCUUAAAGAGACUUUGGGAGCAAGAAGUGUUCAGGCAGGUUCCUCUGUCAGACUCAGAGGAUGCUGGCCAUUGAUCUUUCUCCUUAUGACUUUUUCUGUCUUCAUGAAGAGAAGUCCAAGGGGGAAAAGAUUAUCACUGGAUGCCUGACACAUUAUUCUCAGCUCUGCUUGCUCAGAACUCUGCCAGGUGAGGAGGGAGACACAGAAAGGGAAGAAUGGGUGCAGGAUUGCUGACAUCUUGGUCACAGGACUUGGUGACCUUUGAGGAAGUGGCAGUGGACUUCUCCCAGGAGGAGUGGGCACUCCUGAACUCUGCUUAGAAAAUCCUGUACAGAGAUGUGAUGAUGGAGAACUUUAGGAACCUGGCCUCCGUGGCAGGAUAUCUCUGCAAAUACAGUCUGAUCACUGAAGUGGGACAGGAAGCACUGAGGCCAGGGAAGAGAAGAAUUCUCCAAGGGGCCUGUUUAGUUUCAGGCUGGGCUACUCAACUUAAAUCAAAACAUGCAAUUCCUAUGCAGAAUGUUCCUGAGGAAAAAACUUCUAAUGGCAUAAAAACGGACUGUGCGAGACUUCACACUGCAGAGAAACCUAUGAAUGUAGUGACUGGGAAAAUACUCAUUUUUCACCCUUCCCUUAAGAAACAUGUGAGAUCACACAGUGGAGAGAAGCCUUAUGAAUGUAAUCAUUGUGGAAAAUUCUUCAGCCAGAGCUCUCAUCUUAAUGUGCACAAAAGAACUCACACUGGAGAGAAACCCUAUGACUGUAAGGAAUGUGGCAAGGCUUUCACUGUUCCUUUCUCCCUCCAAAAACAUAUGAGAACCCACACUGGAGAGAAGCCCUAUGAAUGCAGCGACUGUGGGAAAGCCUUUAUUGAUCAGUCAUCCCUUAAGAAACAUCGACGCUCUCACACUGGAGAGAAACCUUAUGAGUGUGAUCAAUGUGGAAAAUCCUUCAGCUCGGGCUCUUAUCUUAUUGUGCACAAGAGAAUGCACACUGGAGAGAAAACCUAUGAAUGUAGAGAAUGUGGGAAGGCCUUUAGGAAUUCCUCUUGCCUGCGGGUACAUGUGAGAACUCACACAGGAGAAAAGCCCUAUAAAUGUAUUCAUUGUGGAAAAGCAUUUAGCACCAGCACUAACCUUAUAAUGCACAAGCAAAUACAUAUUGGGCAAAAACUUUAAGAAUGAAAUGACUACAGGCUAGCUGUAAGUGGUCCUUUACACCUCAUUCCUUAAUCUAGAACUCACACUGGAGAGAAACCUCAUUGUGACCAAUGGUGAAAGCCUUUAGGCACAACUCUCAACUUACCUUAUACAGGGAGCAACCUUGAAAUAAACUAAAAGGAUGGCAGUCAUAGGCUACUGAUUAUACAGCAAGGACAUACAAUAGUAUUUGGCUGUACCAACCCUGGGCUGCUUGUUUCUGGACUUCAUGUAACAUGAAAAAAAAAAAAAA